AUGAUAUUAUCCAUGGAAGCAAAAAAAAUAUUUUUAAAAAGAGGAAAAAAAAUAAACGACAUGUAAUACAUCCUAUCAACUAAUCCUGUGCAACUCAUACUGUGAUCCUUUAAUUAUUUAUUCACAGGCGUAGGUGAACUGACUGACAGUAAUUUUUGAUUACUUUAAACAAUUCCCAAAAAAACUGUUGUUUUCCAAAACCAUUUCUUCUUCUCCUUCUUCUUCUGAUUGGUCAAUUUGCAUUUGAGGCAAAUAACAUUAACACAGACUGAAUUGUUUAUGUAUAAAAACUUGAUCAUAGAAUGAAUUUUAUCCACACACACACACACACACAAAACAAACAAACAAACAUCCAUAACAACACACUACUGAAAUCUUUAUCAAUUGAGACUAAACAAAGUUGCCUAUUGUUUUCUUUUUUCUUCUUCCAGAAAAAAAAUAUAAAUAAUUUAAUCAUUUUAAAUUAUUUUAAAACAAAUAGAGUAAACAUAAUUUAAUAUGAAAUACACAUUGGUUAGUAUGAUUUCUAUGUUUACAUUCAUUGUUCUGUUUACCAUUCAAUUACAAUCAAUAAAAAUUAAUGGCGAAAGUGCCGAUGAUCUCAAUUUUGAGAAGAAAGCUUAUCAUUUCUUUCGACUGAAAAAAUCAGAACGAUGUCUACGUAUUCCUGAUAGUAUUAAACAAAUGAUAAUUAGAGAACCUUAUAUUGUAUGCCCAGAAGAUCGUGAAUUUCUUGGAUUAUAGAAUAUUGAUCUAAUUCAUGAUCCAUUCUAUUUAUGGUAACAUCGAAAAAAUUCAAACAAAAAAUAAAGAACACAAUGACAAUGAAACAUUCGAUUUAAUUUAAUUUUUAAAAAAAAAUUAAAAAUUCGGAUACAUUUCUUCUUCUUCAUUAUUAUUAUUAUUAUUAUUAUCGUUAUUGUCGUUUUCUUUUCUUAUUUCCUUUAUUCAAUAUUUUAAACAAUACUUGAUCAUUUGAAUUCAUCAUGGAAAUCACAGUGAUGGUGUUUAAAGGAUUCAUGUAUUGAGAGAAUAAUAAUAGUAGGUACGUGAUGAAAUGACGAAUGGUUCUUUUUUUUGUUGUUGUUGUUGCUAGAUUUUUUCUAAAAUAUUCCUUUCAUAAGUAUUUCUCUUUUUUACUUUUCUUUUUUUUGUUGUUGCUGUAAUCCGAAUUUUAAUCUGACUCUAUUUAAAGAAAAUUUUGAUGAAAUCAGUAAAUAAAAUGUUUGAAAUUAUUUUCUUUUAUUUAUGUAAAGAAAGUACUAGAGAUUAUUAAAUCAAUUGAGAUGAUAAACUGAGGAUUACAUUUCAGAGGGAUCAAUGUGAAGUAUUCUAUUUAUUUCACUUAAAGUUGUUUACUUGUAUCUUCCCAUUGUUAUUCAAGACUGUAGUUGAUCAGUCACUUGUUGGCAUUUGUGCAUACCUCGCUAUAGCCUUAAGUCACAUGCUUUAUAAGCAAAGAUGAAUGGUGGCUAGCAGUGAAAUUCAGUUCGACUCGCGUUUCGUCCUACUUAGGACUCGUCAGCUGGAUGUACCUGCAUCGCAGAGUUGAUGUUCACUCUGAGACUUAAAUCCAGUACCGUUCACUUCAAAUGCCAUCGCGUUAUCCACUUAGCUACUGAGUUCCAGAGUGAAAAUCAACUUAGAGAUGCAGGUACAUUCAUCUGAUGAUUCCCAAAUAGGACUAAACGCGCUUCAAACUGGAUUCUAUUGCUAGCCACCAUUCAUCUUGGCUUAUUCUAUU